AUGGUAGCUUGGCAGAAGGAUGGCGGAGCAAAGCAGCUGCUGCAGCUGAUUCUCCUCCACACAGCCUGGGAGAUGGGGAGAGGCCAGCUCCAUUAUUCCGUGCUGGAGGAAUCCCAGCAUGGGACCUUCGUGGGCCGCAUCGCCCAGGACCUGGGGCUGGAGGUGAGUGAGCUGGUGCCUCGGAUGUUCCGGUUGGUUGCCAAAGGACAUGAGGACUAUUUUCAGGUAAAUGUCCAGAAUGGAAUUUUGUUUGUUAAUUCCCGGAUAGACAGGGAGCAGCUGUGUGCCAAGAACACGGAGUGUGCCAUCCACCUAGAGGUGAUUGUGGAUAAACCCCUGAGGGUCUUCCAUGUGGAGGUGGAGAUCAAGGACAUCAAUGACAAUGCUCCUGUGUUUUCAGUUAAUGAACAGAUCCUGUCUGUUGCAGAAUCGAGGCUGGCAGGUUCUCGUUUCCUCCUAGCAGGUGCCUCUGACGCAGACACAGAGGCCAAUGCCCUGAUAACCUACACACUCAGCCCAAAUGAGUACUUCACUCUCAAUUCAGGAACUGGGGAGGACCAGAAUAAGUCUCCAGUACUGAUAUUAAAAGCUCCUCUAGACAGGGAAGAAAGCCCUCUGCAUCGUGUAUUGCUCAUGGCCACUGAUGGGGGCAAGCCCAGGCUCUCAGGCACAGUCCAGCUGGUCAUUAACGUGCUGGAUGCAAAUGACAACCCCCCUGUGUUCAAUCAGUCAGUUUACAGGGUAAAGUUGCUGGAAAACACAGCAAAUGGGACCUUGGUUAUUAAACUGAAUGCCACUGAUUUAGAUGAGGGAAUGAAUAAAGACAUUUCCUAUUUUUUUAGCAAUAAUGUACCAUCAAGUUUCACUAAGAUAUUUAGCAUCAAUUCCAACACUGGGGAGCUUAGAGUAUUUGGCAAAGUGGAUUUUGAGGAUGUUAAUUUGUAUGAUCUUCAAGUUGAGGCAGAAGACAAAGGGAACCCUCCUUUGUCUGGACAUUGUCAAGUUCUCAUUGAGGUACUGGACGUAAAUGACAAUGUUCCAGAAGUGACCGUGUCUUCCCUGUCAGUGCCGGUGCUUGAGAACUCUCCCCCAGGAACUGUGCUGGCUCUUCUCAGCAUUUCUGAUAAGGACUCUGAGGCCAACGGGCAAGUGAGCUGUUUCCUUCACCCCCCUGGGCUCCCCUUCAAGCUGACAUCCACCUUCAAGAAUUACUACUCACUGGUACUGGCUGAGCCACUGGACCGGGAACAGGUGGCCGAGUACACUUUGGUGGUGACAGCCCAAGACCAAGGCGACCCCCCGCUGUCAGCCACCAGCAGCCUGGUGGUGCCAAUCAGUGACGUGAACGACAAUGCACCCACUUUUGCGCAGCCCUCCUACACAGUUUUUGUGAAAGAGAACAACCCUCCUGGGGCUCACAUCUUCACAGUGUCUGCCUCAGACCCAGAUGUGGCCGAGAACGCCUUGGUCAGCUACUGGCUGGAUGAGAAGCUCUGGCCGCUGUCGAGCUACAUCUCGGUGCACUCGGAGAGUGGGAAGCUGUACGCCCUGCAGCCCUUGGAUUACGAGGAGCUGAAGCUGCUGGAGUUCCAGGUGAGGGCCAAGGAUGCCGGGCUGCCCUCCUUGUGUGGCAAUGUGACCGUGCAAGUGUUUGUGGUGGAUGAGAAUGACAAUGCACCAGCAGUGUCUGGGCCAGACCAGGAUAGUCCUACUCUGGUGAAGGUCCCAGUGGCAGCUGGACACAUGGUGGGCAAGAUCCAUGCCCUGGACGCUGACUCAGGAUACAAUGCCUGGCUGCGCUAUGAGUUGCAUGAUGCAGCCAGUGGCCCGUGGCGGGUGGGGCUUUACAGUGGAGAGGUCAGUACCACGCGUGCUCUGGAGGAGGCAGAGGGCGGCAACAGCCAGAGUCUGCUGGUGCUGGUGAAGGAUCACGGCAAGCCGGUAAUGUCAACCACAGCCACCUUCAGCGUGUCACUGGUGGCCAGUGCCCAGGCUGCCCAGAGUGAUGCCCGCCUCUCUGGGAUGGGAGGGAACACAAAGCCCCUGGCAGACAGCGCCAACCUCUACCUGAUCAUCGCUAUCUGCUCUGUGUCCAGCUUGUUUUUACUGGUCAUCCUUGUGUACGUGGCGCUGCGAUGCCAGAGUCAGGCCAAGGAGGCCAUGAUGUAUGGUCCUGGCACAGCCACGCUGGUGUGUGCCAGCGAAGUGGGCAGCUGGUCGUAUUCCAACCGCCACAGCCACAUCCUGGCAGGAGUGAGUGGGGAGCCUGGUGCCAAGAGCGACCUCAUGGUUUUCAGCCCCAACAUUCCUGUCUUGGCAGAGAACGGGAAGGAGCUGGUCCCAAAUGCUGCUGGGCAGGUGAGUUGCACGAACCCUUAUAAUUCUUGA